AUGAACGGAACCGCACCCGCUUUCCCAUCCUCUCAUUGGUUCAAGUCGAAGAUGCGGUGGCCGACGUACCGAGAACCAUAUGUACGCCGAUAUCACCCAUAUUUCAGAACCUCCCCGUCCCAACAUGAAACGACCGUGCUUCUCUCGGAGGUCGAGUACCAAAAGGCCAUGGCCGAUCAGCCGCGGUCAAGCUUCGCGUUGCCUUCGUUCAUCUUUGAGGAUUGUGAGAUUGAGGUUGUCCCUUCUGCGCCGGGGAGCGGUGACGCGCUUGAUGUUCAGACUGUUGCGGGUCGCCGUCGACUCAGGCUCUUGACGGAGUACUUGCUGAUGUGCCUUCACGGUAUACGCACAAAGAAGCGUGCGGAGGUGGAUCUGCAUAUGGCGUCGGACUCGAACCGAUCCAAGUGAUUCAAUCACGUUCAGUUUGUUCAUAGUUAUUCUUGGUUUAAGAGCAGGGUUAUUCUGCUACGUUGAUGGUAUGUCACGUUGUAUCGAGCUAUAGUAUGCUCUGCGUCUUGUAGACGUUGUCGUAUGACGAUGGGGGUUUUGGUAAUCUUGGGCAAAAAGC